UUCAGGAAGUGUCAUUUAAACAGUUUCCGGUGUUGGAUCGCAGGCUUUUGCUGGUGUGCUCAUGCUAGGAGAGUAAUUCAUUUUUCAUUCCAAUGGCAAACAGAACUGUUAAAGAUGCUAACAGUAUACACGGGACCAAUCCGCAGUAUUUGGUUGAGAAAAUCAUCCGGACUCGAAUCUACGAGUCUAAAUACUGGAAAGAGGAGUGCUUUGGUCUGACCGCUGAGCUUGUUGUUGACAAAGCGAUGGAGCUGAAGUACGUCGGUGGAGUUUUUGGAGGAAACAUAAAGCCCACUCCUUUCCUCUGCCUCACGCUGAAGAUGCUGCAGAUUCAACCAGAAAAAGACAUUAUUGUUGAGUUCAUCAAAAAUGAGGAUUUCAAAAAUGUUCGUUUACUUGGAGCGAUGUACAUGAGGUUAACUGGCACUGCAGUGGAUUGCUACAAAUACCUGGAGCCAUUGUAUAACGAUUACAGAAAAGAAAAGAAUCAGAACCGUAAUGGGGAAUUUGAGUUGAUGCACGUGGACGAGUUCAUUGAUGAGCUUCUUCAUGCAGAGAGGAUGUGUGACAUCAUUCUGCCCCGCCUCCAGAAAAGACACGUCCUUGAGGAGGCUGAGAUGUUAGAUCCACGUAUCAGCGCUCUGGAGGAAGAUCUGGAUGAGGUGGAGAGCAGUGAUGAAGAGGAUGAGGAAGAAGAGAAGCCGGAGCGACUCCAAACCCCAGAGCCCCACAGACGCCGUGACGGUUACCGUGACAACGACCGGCCUCGCCGUUCUCCGUCGCCUCGUUACAGACGCAGCCGCUCACCCAGACGGAGGAGCAGAUCUCCAAAGAGACGAAGCCCGUCACCCAGAAGAGAGCGCCACCGCAGCAAGAGCCCCCGCCGCCACCGCAGCCGGUCCAGAGACAGACGCCACCGCUCCAAAUCUCCAGGUCACCACAGAAGCCACAGACAUCGCAGCCACUCAAAGUCCCCCGAGAGGAGUUCAAAAAAGAGUCACAAGAAGAGUCGAAGAGGAAACGAUUGAUCUGUUUCCUCCUUUUUAUUUUGCCUGUGAUCUGUUGGUGAACUUGCCUCUAAAUCUUUUGAAAUUCAAUGAUGUUUUUUAAUUUUGUUUUAUUUUUCAAGUAAUUUCCACUUUAGGUCUUGGACCACUGACCUCUCUGAGAUUAACAAUGCAAAGCCCUCUGGUUUCAGCAGUGUGAAUGCAUCUGUUUCCAAUCACUCACCCCAUCGGCAGCCUUUCUGCCUCGAUCUUUUGGUUCCAACCAUUUGAGAGGAUUCAAUCUGAUUUAAAAGUACUCUCUAUUGUCAUAAAGUUCUGGCCUUCAUUGAUCUCUUUGGAUCUGUGUAAAAGUAGAAAAAUAUGUUUCUGUAUGUUAAGAUGGAACUUCACCCUCUGACGUGACAUUUGUCAUAAAAUAAAGACCGUAAUUCUUU